UCUCUGUCUCUCUCACUGUCUAUCUCUCUAUCUACCGCUUGGUCUUCUUCUUGCUAGUAACUAUACUCUCCACCUUAACAUAUGGAUCGUCAUGUAGAUUACGGCACUCAGUCGGGCGAUGAUGCUGGGGAUGAGAUGAAGUCAAAUGAUUUAUCUUCAGCUUCAUCUGCAUCAUCUUCUUCUACGGAGAAUCCGAAUGAGAGUCAUGUGCAACUCAAUAUCACCAACGAGAAUGUAGAUGAUGAAAUUAUAACAAAUCUGAGUUCACCUAAGACAGACAGCCCAAAAACUGACAAGGAAGCACAACUUAAGAUGGCGAGGAAGAUUGCGAAUAAAAAGAAAAAGAAAAGGCAUGAAGAAUUAGACGAGGAAGAGGAGGAUGGGGAGGAGGAGGAGGACGACAGUGAAGUAGAGGACGACGAGAAGAGGAAGAGGAGGAGGAUAGUGAAGACGAGGAUGAGUGAAGAAGUAUAA